GUCUCACCGCGACAUUUAUUUUGAAAAUCGCACCGGCCGACUUGACUUCCUUCCUAGACCUCUGGUGAACAAGCAGAGCGGAGAAGGAGAAGAAGGACCAAACAUGGGGAUUAAACUAUACUACACCUCUGUUACCGCCUCACGGACGGUGAAGUCCCAACAGGGCGAAGUGAGGCGCCUACUGGACAGUAAGAGCAUCCAGUACGAGCUCAUCGACAUCUCCGCGGGCAGCGAGCUGCGCGACGACAUGAGAAGCAAAUCGGGAAAUCCCGCAGCUGUUCCUCCGCAGCUUUUCAACGAAGACCAGUAUUGUGGGGACUAUGAGAUGUUCUCUGAGGCGGUGGAGGCAGACACGGUGGAACAAUUCCUAAAGCUGGCGUGAAGAAGCUGCUGCCCAAAUGUCCGUGUCGUCCCGUCAACCACACUGACGCCACUUCCAUAACGCCAUCAUGAAGAAAGCCAAAUAACCUGAGUACACGCAGUCACACACCGCUUUCCCAUCUUUGUCCACUAGGAGCCAGCGUGGUGUCUGAAUGUGAAAAUGAUGCUGACCAAGCUCGGUUUAAAUAAUCUACUGCAUGUCGCUAUCAUCACUCAGUCUUAAUAACAACUUUCUUUCAGCCUUCUGUUGCACUUACACACUGCUUGUUAUUAUUCUCACAGUAGUAGCAUUUAUAUUACUUUUUUUUUUUGUGUUCCUGCUCUUUUUUUUCCACAAUCAAGUGUUUUCAGGGAAUUUGGCAUUUUACUAUGUAAAUGUUAAUCAAGGCAUUGACUGAAUUUAAGCCUAAAGAUCAUUCCUUCAGUAUUUUUGAGCCUGCUUGUUAGCACAGAGUGCCCAACAGACCAGAAUGUGAGAAAAGAAUAGUUGUCGACUUAAUGCGAGUUCCCGAACAACAUGGAAACAUCUCAGAAUGUCAAAUUUGGUGCAAAUCUAUUUCAUCUACCUGGUAUGUUGUUUUGUUGACUGACAGGACCAAAAAGACACCAAAUGUAGUGACAUGUAGCCUAUUCUUCUGUUAUGCACUGAAACAAUUAACAGUACACUUUGAUGGAUUGACUCUGGGAGCACUCACUACAUCGUUAUUAUUUUUCCAUUAGGUUGAUUAUUUACCUCAGUAUGAUUUCCUUCUGUGCUUAUCAAUGGCUGUAUUCUUCACAAUGUUUGUGCACGGUUUUGUAUACCUCUCAAUUGUACAUGUUAAUGUACCAUGAUCAAAAUCAUGUUUUACACAUUCCACGUCUCUCACCGAGCUCAAGCCUUGUUUGGACCAAUUCCCCUUGGCCAAACGAAGAAAAAGAUAGGAAAUAAAAUGCUGUUGUCUUCCAAGAA